ACGAGAUGAUACAGAUGGUGCACCUUUGAGUCCGUUUUAAGCUGUUAUUUCGUUGCAUACACAGUCGUCACUAAUGUAUUCAAGGAAGAAUGUCGUCAGAUUUAAUGUUAAACCUCGAGAAUCACUCGAUCCAACAAAAUAUAAUGAUGAAUAACGAUACAGGAAAUAUUUCCAUCGACCAGGAUGGUGAAUGGGACAUCAGCCUGUUUGAUGAGCUGGACGACCUGGGAGAUGCAGAUGCCCUGUUGGAUGCUCUGGCUAGCGAUGGUCCUGAUCUGGACUUUGACAUGGACAUCCCUGGUUGGGGAGACACCAGCAGCACCUGCACAGACGGUGAUGUAACACUGGACUCUCUCUCUCCAAGUCACACGCUCGGUUCAGUGUCCCCAGCGGCGUCAGCGGAAGCCCUCUCACCGUAUUCCUUACAUGAUGAGGCCCUGUCACCGCUGUCUCCCCAGUCCCAGCCUUCACCUCUCUCCGUCUGCUCCGACUCCAGCGGUUUCUCCGAACUGCCCCCCGAGAGGAAAGCCCCCAAAAGGACCAGUCAGGCAGCCAGAGCUAAACCUGCUCAGCCGGUGAAAAGACCAAUCCAGCCAACUCCCAAGGUGUCCAUUCAGCCUAAGCCGGUCAUAACUGCUGUACCUAUCCCACACGCGGCCGCUCCUCUGCAGGCUAAGACCAUCAUUAUCCAGCCCUUACAGACUGUUCUGCCUGUGGUUAAACCCCCACCUGUCACCAUCCAACCAGCGCUCCCUACUGUUCGUCCCAUGUUGCUGACCCAGCCAGCCCAGGUGGUCCAGCUACAGACAUCUCCUGCCCUCCCUGCCGGUGUGGUUACCGUUCCAGGGCUGACCCAGGACAGACAUGUCCCUGUUUCCGCCCCUGUGGCUCCAACACCUGUGGUCUCGGUGACUCUCCAGAACGCUACCUCUGACGAGGAUCCGAACAUGUCCCGCAGACAACAGCGGAUGAUAAAGAACAGAGAGUCAGCGUCUCUCUCGAGGAAAAAGAAGAAGGAGUACUUGCUGACGUUGGAGGCCCGUCUGAAGGUGGCGCUGUCUGAAAACGAGAAGCUUAAGAACGAGAACGGCACACUGAAGAGACAGCUGGAGGGUCUGAUGAAUGAGAAUACUGUACUGAAAGCAACAGCUCCAAAGAGACGGGCCGUUUGCCUUAUGGUCGUCAUGGUCUUUCUGGUCUUCAACUUCAGCUCGAUGAGUCUGUUUGAUGUAGACUCAGGCUCUAAGAUGGGAGUCAGAUCCAUGCCCAGUGGGAGACAUCUCCUUGGUUUUUCCUCAGAGUCAGACAGUGGAAUGGAGACAGAAACGCCUGAGACCACACCCCCUACGACGGUAGAUAGAUCGAGAGAUUCUGUGUCAGAGGAGAAAGCUCUGAUGGUUGUGAAGAAGGAUCCUCUCCUGUUUGGGGCUCUUCCCCGAUGCCAGCCACCUGUCAACAGGACCAAAUGCAUCAGGCUGGCCCAUGAGCUGAGAGGCUGGGUCCAUCGUCACGAAGUGGAGAGGACCAAGAGCAGACGCAUGACCAACACCCAGCACAAGAGCAAAACCAUCCCGAGAGGGUACGGUAAGAAGGCUGAAGCUCAGAUAGUGACUGUGGAGUACAGUGACACUCAUGAACAGAGCACGGGCAGCAGCGAACUGCAGGUGUACUACGCUCCUCACCGCACCUACAGCGACUUCUUCGACGAGAUCAAUCGCAGAGGAGACACCUUCUACGUGGUGUCUUUCCGCAGGGACCAUCUCCUGCUUCCUGCUACUAAUCACAACAAAGGAAGCAGACCCAAGAUGUCUGUGUUGCUUCCCGCCAUGAAUAUAAAUGAGAGCAUUCUGAGGGAUAAAGAGUAUGAGGUCAUGAUGCAGAUUGACUGUGAAGUCAUGGACACCAGGAUCCUCCACAUCAAAUCCUCCAGUAUCCCACCGUUCCUGCGUGUCAAUCAAACCAACUCAGGCUCUUUCUAUCACCCUAACCCUGCCAACAACCAGGCCGCGCCCCCUGUUGGAGUCCUCAUGGGUUCUUCGUAAACUCAGUCUGUCUGCCGUCGCCAAAACUACAACUGAUUGUUGGAAAAACUCUCAUUGUUUUUUUUAAAACAUGGAUAUUCAGGACUGAUUUUUAUUUUCCACCUAUUUUCGCAACUGUUCUUUUUUUCUAAUAUGUAAAAGUCACUUGGUUUUAAUUCAGUGUGCAUAGUGUUUGGUGGCAGUUUUGUGAUCAGGAUGAAAUAGACUUAAAGUCUAUACUCCAGGGAAUAGCCGUCAUGUGUGCUUUUCCUUGCACCAGUGGAAAUUUUCAGCUUUGCUACAUUCUUUUUCAGCUCGUGUAUUCAUCACAGUUCUGAAGGGCCUGGAAGAGGGCCCCAGGCUCUGUGUAUGUGUGUGUGUGUGUGUCUGUGUGUGUAGGGCGGAUGUCCUUAAACACCCCCCGCCCCGCUCCACCACCCCCCCCGAUCCCAUCAUCUGGGUAAUUGGUGAACAACAGCAGGGGACCUGAGAUUGAACCUUGAGUAACCUCUUCAUUACAUGCCAUACUUACAGCUGUGGCAUUUUACAAGAACGACGCCCACUUUUUUUUUUCUUUUUUUUUUCCAUUUGAGUUGAUUUAAUCUACCUGUGAGUCUAUUGAUACCAUACUCCACUGAACAAAAGUGGCUUUCAGAAUAAUGAACUCAGACUUAUCCAGUAAGACUGAACCUCACUCUAAUACAGGCUUGUUAUCUCAGGAACCAUGGCCAAGUUGAUGGUCAAACCACUAUGGUUUUUAUACACAUCUGAGUUAUGCCUCAGUUUUGGGUUUUUAUAAACUCUUCAGAAUGUGUUGUGCAGCUUAUGAAGAUAUAUUUGUCUUGUUUUGUUUUGUUUUGUUUUUUUGUUUUUUUUGCACUGUGAUUUUGCUUUAUGUGUAAAUGUCAUCGACGAUGAUAUUAUUUAUGAAGAACUUACAUUAAUAUACAAAAGAUUACAUGUAGUUCUAUAGACGGUUGAGGCAUAUAACCGUGAGGGGUGAUGUAGUCCUCCGAACUAAAUUUGAAAUUAUUGCAGCAAAAAGGAAACGAACAGCUUCCAUGUUCAUGUCUGAAGCAUUUCAGUGGACUGGGCUAAUCUAUGAUUUUAUUCAAUGUGUCAAUCAAAAAUGACUGUUCACUCCCCCAUGUUCCAGACUCAGCCUCAUUGGAUGAAUUGUCGCCAUAGUGACCUUCGGAAUUCCUCCUGCCAGUUCCUUCGCACUUGGCAUAAUUGGCCUUUUUCUUUUAAGCACACUUAAUGACUUUGCCCUAUAGACUGGACUGCUGAAACCUUAGAACUCAUGUUUUCAUUAGAUUUAUAUUGCGUUUGUGUGCUCUCAGUCAUCUGAAUAUUUGCAUUUUUACAGCUGUCUGGCUGUUCAGUGAUCAUUAUAUUUGUGGUCAUGUGAUGUCUUUCAUCUGAGCUUAGAGUUGUGAUUUCUGUCACCGUAGUUUCCUCCUCGAUAUUGUACUAAGAACAUAAUUAGUUAAUAUUGCGAUCGUAAACACUGAAUUCCACAUUUUAGUCACUUCUGUCUCUCUCGACAUAUUCACCCCCCAGCAUUCUCAUUUCUCAGGGUUACCCAGCGUUUCCCAAUCCUGCACCUGGAGACCCACAGCUCUGCUCACACACACCUGAUUCAGCCCAUCUAGGGUUCUACAAACAGCCAGUGAGAUGUACCGGGUGUAUUGGAGCUGAAGUGUGCAGAGAUGUGGGUCUCCAGAACCAGGGUUGGAAAACACUGAAUGACCAAAUAUAUGAUUAAUGAAGUGGUUUUUUUUUGUUUGUUUGUUUUUUGUUUUUGUUUUUGUUUUUUUAGAUGUUCUGGUUUGGUUAACCAGCUAUGUUAUUUGUACACCAUUUUGUUAAUUUCUUAAAGAAAUCUGGUUUUGUGUUGUAACUUUUAAUCUGACAAUUUGAAACAAAGUGGGAUCCAGCUGAGAAGAUUUGUCAUUUGUUUUGUUAUAUUUUGUAAUUAAACAGUAACAAAAAGCUUUCCCUCCUAAAAACAACCCCCUUACUGAUUUUGUAGAGAGACUCUUUUGUAGUAGAAGUUCUUUGUCCAAGAAGUGAUACUAUGUCCUUUUCAUCUAUUACAAUGAAUAUGCAAGAGUUUUAAUCUUUAUAUGCAAGAGUUAGGAUCUUUUAACAUUUGCUCUAAUUAAAUCAUUUAUUGAUGCAUUGGCCCAGAAUCUUUUAUAGAAGGCCUUCUGGUGGGUCUAGUCAGUUAUAUGGAAACAAUUAGUUUAGUGUUUGGCUACUUCUUAUGAAAAAUACACUGAGAUGUGCAGUUGCUGGAGGUGAAACUCAUUUGGACUAAAUAUUAUUGUAAUGCAAUUUGACUUUCUGGAGAAACUGAAAGAUAUUCACGAAUCUGUUUGAUUUUUUUCAACUAAACAUCAUUAGUAAUGUGAGUAGUCAGUACAUUCUGUGGAUCUUCAUGCCCGCUGGAAGAGAACUGACCAUAAAAAUGUGUUUAUUCAAAACAGUUCGCCUUUGAAGAAAUGUUUUUUUUGUUUGUUUGUUUGUUUUUGUUCUUUGUCUCCAGAAUGUGCACAAAGAAAUGAACACAUUUUUUUGUAUAAUAUUGCAACAUGGAUGUAAUAAAACACUGGACAGAGACAGUAAAUGUA